CGGCCACUCUACACAAGGCAGAGUCGCUUAUUACCUUAACCUCACGAGGAUUCGCCCCCAAGGGCGUAGCAAUGCAUGUUGGGCCGACACGAGUGUUACACGUCGUUGGUGGUCGGGUCAGCUCUUAUAAGUUCCUUGCGUUAAGACAAGACAACCAACACCCUUUCUUUGAAAAUCCCUCCGCCUCGCCCCAUUUUGUACUCUUUAUUUUCUUCCCUUCAAUCGUCCUCGUCGCUAAACCAUGGCCGAAAUCCAGAUCCAGGAAGGCAAAGCGCCUUUCAAAAUCCCGUCAACCGACGAGCCCUGCUUCACCUACUACAAGAUCAUCGGGGACCUCUCAAGCGGCGCACCCCCAGUUAUCGUGGCCCACGGCGGACCCGGCGCCGGCCACGAGUACCUCCUCGCGUUCGCAGACCUCUGGCAGCAAUACCGUCUCCCGGUCGUCUUCUACGACCAGAUAGGCUGCGCCGCCUCCACGCAUCUCCCGCAAAAAGCCGGCGACCAGUCUUUCUGGCAGGAGCAGCUGUUCCAGGAUGAACUAGACAACCUGCUGGACCAUCUCGACGUGCGCCGCGAUCCCGGCUUCCAUCUUCUCGGCCAGAGCUGGGGAGGCAUGCUCGGCGCCGCGUUUGCCGCGCGCCGGCCCCGGGGGCUCCGGAGGCUGGUCCUUGCUAGUGCGCUGGCGAGCAAGGAGCUUGCUACGCGCGGUACUCUGCUGUUGAGGGGGCAGAUGCCGCCGGACAUGCAGAAGGCGCUCGAUGAGGCUGAGCAGAAGGGCGAGUAUGAUAGCCCUGCUUACAAGGAGGCGUUGGACUUUUACUACAGGAAGCACGUGUGUCGUGCUGAUCCGUUUCCGCCGGCGGAGCUGCUGCCGGCUUUGAAGCAUCUGGGCGAGGAUACGACGGUGUAUCGGACAAUGAACGGCCCCUCGCCUCUAACAGCAGACGGUUCUCUAAACAACUGGACCGUCAUCCCCCGUCUCCCCAAAAUCACCUCUCCAGCCCUCGUCUACAACGGCGAAUACGACACCUCGCACGACAUCGCCCAAGUCCCGUUUUUCGAGCUCAUCCCACGCGUCCGCUGGAUCACGUUCCCGGGCGGCGGCCACAUGUGCCAUCUGGAAGGCGGAGGGCUGCGAGAGAGGAUUCUAAAGGUCGUCGGCGAGUUUCUCGCGCAGAAGGAUGUUUCCGAGGCGCAAUGAUUUAAACUUGAAUUUAAAACUAAUGCCUCCUAUUUAUAUCACUCUAUGUCUUUCAUAUAAUUCUUUACGCCACGCGUAUCGCACAACUCUUCUCCUCCCCUCUUCCUUUUUCAUGAGUAGCUCUAGUUAUAGUAAACUAACCUAGAUAAGUGUUACUCUUACUUUAUCUUUAUCCUCAUCCGUAGCCCCCCCGCGCAUGUUCGGUUAUAUUGGGUUCGGUAUUUGUAUCAAUCCGACAGAUGCCAAUGCGUCUAUAACAACCCGGUUCCUCUUCAUAAGGCUUGCGUAUGUCUAAGAUGUUCCUGCUAUCAACAAAGACACACCGCCUCAGCAGCCUCUUUACAUGGAAGCCUAGGUACCUAGAUCAGCAUAUAGUCUUGAGCGUACAAUAUCAGAAUAGCUAUCUAUCUAACCUAGUUAUGUCUUUGAGAAAGCUUGAAGCUCUCCUUACCGUUGCAACUCACCCCGCAGCAUUAUCUCAUGAUCCUUACAACGCUUCCCGUCAAAAUGAUAUAAUACCUUCAUACAAAUUAUUGGGAUCGUCAGAAACCGAAGAUACUUGGACUCAGGAAUAUCAGUUCGGUUAGAAGAUAUCGUACUCCAAUACGAAAAAGCCCAUAUUACGAUAUGACAUAUCACCCCUCAAAGUAAUCAUAUAGUUACCUAGU